CGUGCCUGCUCAAGCAGGUCUGGCGGAAGCAGCGCGCGCGCGCCCCCGCUGCGGGGCCGCCCCCUGGCGCCCCGCAGCGGCGGGGAGCGCCGGGGCGCGCGCCCGGCGGCCAUGGAGGCCGCCCCCCAGAACUACUCGGAAGAGGGAACCCGGCGGACGGCGUUUACCUCUAUGUGCGCCCUCUGGUUCGUGCUGGGCAGCUGCGUCCUGCUCGUUCGCAUGGCCAGGCAGGCGAGGCGAGCAUCCGUGGCCUCGUACCUCGGCCAGCUCGCCGGGCUGUGCCGGGGCGCGGUGCGGCUCCUGGCCGGCUCGGCGGGCGGCCCCGCCGCGAAGCAGGUGGCCCAGGAGCUGCAGAAGAGGCGGCUGGUCCGCGCGCACGCCUCGCUCCCCUACGUCUGCGCGGCCAUCCAGGGCGUGCUCACGCUCGGUCUGGUCAGGUCCGCCCACGUGGCCUCGCGCCCGAACUCCGUCGUGCAGGACAUCUGUCUGAUGGUGUGCUCUUACAUAUUCCUCUUUCUGUGGGCGUUCCCUCAGAGUCUGACGUCGAGGACGCUGGAUGCAUGGUCUUGCUUGGUGGUCGCAGUGCUUGUCCUGUACGUGUCACCUUUCGCAUCGGAAGAAGCUUUUGCGGCCUCAUCCUCUCUGCUACCCUUUGCUGCUACGUUGGUGAUGUGCUCGUUCAACAUGAACGGCCGCCUCAACUUCAUAUGGUUGCUAGCCGUGUCCUUGUCAAUAUGCAGCACGAUAUAUUUCGGCUUCGAGAGCCCUCUUCGAAACGAAGACUGUCUGCCACCACGGGCUCAGAGGGCUUCUCAGGUGCUGACGGCGACUUGCGUCUUCGCAAUUGUGAUCGCGUUCUUUCACACGUCUGUAUACCGUGUCGUGCAGUACGACAUAGAAGCUAACAUUUCGAGGAACGAGCUGAAGGCCGCGCGCUCGGUGUUGCGGAGCGUCUGCGACGCCGUCGUGGAGCUCGACAGCGACUUCCGGCUGCAGGACGGGUCCUCCGAGUUGGUGGACAUGCUCCUGCUGAACCCGCUGCGCAACUUCAUUGGCGAGGACUUGAGGCAGUUCCUAGCGUCCCAGCAGGACCGCGAGAAGUUCUCCGCGCAGAUGCGCAAAGCCGGGCUCCUGAGCGAGGACGCGGUCGGGCUCAGCGCGGCGUUCCACGUCGCCAUGAAGGACAGCUCCAGCAUACCCCUCGACGUCGAGGUGUUCUGCGUGAGCUUCGUCAACCGGGAGGGGCGGGCCGCGUACUUCGUCGGCAUCCGCGAGUUUACCGACACCGCCCCGAUGCUGCGGGGCAGCGCGCCGGAGACGACGCGGCGCGGCGGCAGACGGGCCGGCCCGCGGAACGCCUGCACGGCACGCCUCUCGCCCCUCGCCGCCCUGGCGGACCCCACGGCCGCGCUCUCCGGCCAGGCGUCCUCGGACACGCUCUCCGAGGCCUCCUCGCCGCACGGGAGCUGGGAGGACCUGGGCGCCGAGGCGGAGCUCGUGGCCUGGGUCGACGUCUUGACCCCGGGCUACUCCGUGCGGCUCGAGACCCCCGCGUUCGCGCAGUACGUGGACGCCCCAGGCGAGCUUCUGGCCGCCGUGCGGCGGUCCCAGCACGAGGAGCUCAUAACCUGGGUGCAGGAGGCGUACUUGGCUCUCCUGCAGGAGGGCGCCGAUCCUGCCCCCCGGGAGUACCACAGGCGGCUCCACCUCCGGUCCCCCGCGCAGCAGAGAGGCGCCCACGGCUCGAGGGGGCCGAGGCCGAUGCUCUCGGCGCUCCUGCGGCUCGACCUGGCGCUGCCGUCCGACGGCCAGGACCACGGCCGCGGCGUUGUGCGGAUCGUCCUCUGGGACCUCCUGCGGGGCCGGCGCGGCCGCCGCGGUGCGCGGAAGCUGUCCAGCUGCGGCACGCCUCCGGCCAUCGCCCGGGCCGCCAGCGGCCAGCUGCUGGCCCAGGAGCAGCUCUCGCGAGCGGCCUCGCUGGCAGGCGGCGCGGCGCGGCCCGACGCGGCGGGCGGCCAGGAGCACCUCGAGGACCCGUCGUCUCCGCCGCCCGGCGGUGGCCCCGCCGCACGGCCUUUGCAGGUGAUGGAGUUGGGGCGAGGUUUUCGUAGCCUGUGAGGCGCCGGGGCCGCCGCCGCAGGGCGCGCGGGCGCGAGAGCGUGCCGCGCGCCCCCCUCCCCAAGGCUCGCCGUCGAGGUGCGGCUGCCUAGUUUACGCCCGCUGAUCCACGUAAAACGUCAGUUGGCACCAACACGCACGGGUCUAUCGUGCGUAUGAUACAUAUCAUCUCGCCUCGCGGCAGAGCAGCCUUCACAUUAGGUGGACCGCAUAUAGCUUCGUCCAGCUCCCAGAAGACAAGGGUCGUUCAGGCUCGAUGGCGACGUGAAUCCCGACGCCUGGCCCAGCUCUGCGGCCAGGCCUGUUGUUCGCGGAGUUGACGGAGCCACCUGCCUGUCCAGCUGUUCAGACAGACUUGUUUCUACAGACAGUUGUCCACAUGAGCGGGCGCCACGGCAGCGCGGAGGGUUUGCCCCUGAGCUUCCCGUCUUCUGGUCUCCUUGAUGCGAAUCAAGAUUUGAAUUCGAGUAUUGUCUACAAUAGCAUCGGAGUUGCCCAAGGCAACGAUAUUGCCAUGAAUGAUGGCGCGCAUGCACGCUGUGCAGAACUGGCACUCGUUCUCGUCGCCGUCGGGAAGUCAUGCCUCAUGGUGGGUAGCGGGGGGGGGAAGGUACAUAACGGAAAGUGGCAUCCACACUGCCCAUUCCAAUUCUUGACGAAUUGGAGGAGUUGCAAGAUAUCGUACAGGGUCGGUUCCCGAUCAUUCCCGAGUCUCUACAUUGUUUUUGCCUUUGUGGUGAUCCAGAUUGUGUGUGAGCACGACUGGUAUAGCUUCUCCACCGCUUCUCCCCGUUCGUCUCCGCCCAUCCUCCUCCUCCUCCUCCUCCCGUGCCUGUGUCCAUGCAGGCCCCGCUGAUCCGACCCUCCAGUGUCGGCACGGUGCCGUCGCCACGGUCCAAAGAUCAAUCAUCAGCUCUCCCUCUUUUCGACAUGCCCCUUCUCUUCGCCUCGCGCUUGCGUUGGCGGAGUGGAGUGGUGGCAAAGCGCCCACUCUGGAAAGGCUGCACGCUCGUCUGCUGGACCGCCACAAAUGGUGGCGAGCCUGCUCUGAGGGCAGCGGCUCUGACGGCCGCGCCGGGCAUGCAGUGCUGUUUCCAAUCGGGGCGUUCACCUUGUGAUAGCCAGGCAUAGGAGGCGGAGGAGAAGGAG